AUGUUCACCCAUAAGUUUUCAUCCAAUAUUGCCAAAACAAACCAACAAAAAAUAUGUGACCACUGUGACAAACAAUUUUCAAAAUUGACAGUCCUAAAAGAUCAUAUUGAUAUAAAGCAUAAGUUCAAAUGCACCUCAUGUAGCAAAGAAUUCCAAUCGAAAAAAGAACUACAGAUUCACCAGAUCAUUCACAACAAUAGCGAUAAUCCACCAUACAAUUGCCAGUCAUGUGAACGGCAAAUCAAUAGUUUGGAUGGGUGCGAAUAUCACAUUGAUCUUCACUCAUCCUUUACAUACUCAUGUCCCAUCUGCAGCGAGACAAGUCCAAACAAACAAUCAGCAUUUGAACACCUGAAGAAGCAUUUUGGUGAUGAGAUUAAACAUGAAAUCAGCCUAGAAGUAGAGGAUACACCAGAUGAUGAUUUCAUUGAAAAGCUUGGUGGAAUACUUUGCUGCAUUUGCUCCACUGUGCACAGGAACCGCAUAAACUUUGAUGCACAUUUUUCACUGAAGCAUGGAUGCCAAGACAUAGUCUACACAUGCAACGAAUGCAAAAAGCAAUUUGAUAAGUACUCAGUUUUCGGCAAUCACUGUUACAAUCAUUUCAUGAAAAACAGAUUUGAGUGCGACCAGUGCUGCAAGGCCUUCCCCCGCCUGUCUCUGCUCGCGACGCACACGGAGGCCUACCACGGCGGAGGCUUAACUGGAUCGAAGCCCUUCGCAUGUCCCCGCUGUGAACAUCGUGUUGCAACCCUAAGGGCACUGCGGGUGCACCUCCGUGAACAGCACCACAUCACUUGCGUGCAGUGCCCCAGGGAGGGCUGCGAGAGAAUUUUUGAAACACCAAAAGAGCUGACCUUCCACCAACGCCACCACGACGCCGCGCAGAACUGGUGCCGUCAGUGCGGGCUGCUGUUUACCACACUGUCCUCCUGCGAGAAACACCUGGACGUGCACCGUAAAAAGACCUACUCGUGCCCAGUCUGCGGCCGCUGCUACGGGGAAAAGCAUCUGGUGAUAAAACACGUUUCCAAGCACUUUGAAACGGUCGUGCACAUCUGCAAGGUAUGCGGAAAGAUAUACAACGCCAAGAACCGUCUAGUACAGCACAUCAAGGUCCACUCAGACGUGAAGACGCACACCUGCACCCAUUGCGGUAAGGGAUUCAUAAAACUCAGCCACCUGGAGCAACAUCUGAACACCCACACCGGUGUGAAGCCAUACAAAUGUGUCGCAUGCCCGAAGACGUUCGCCAGCUACCCAAAUCUGCAUAAACAUUUGCGUAGAAUGCAUAACAUUGAUGGGAAGGAUAUAAGAAAGACGCUUUCCGAAGCAGCCAACGAUGGCAUUAGUGAAAACUCAACAGAUGCUAGCAGCUCGAAGGAGAGCACUGUAAUUUUCGAUACCGAACUUGUUAAAAACGAGGAUAAUUUCACAAUCAACGUCCCAGAGACUAAAGAGCAAGCAUACAAAUAUUCAGAAACCGACGACAGUACAAUGGAAUCUGUCAGCAUUGACCCAACAGUCAUAGAGAAAGAGUUGCAGAUAUUUGAAGCUUCCACUAACAUGGGCACCCAUGUCCUGCCACUGAACAAUACCCUGUUUGUUUCUGAAUCGGCGCAGGAGGCGACGGUGCCCGGCGGCUGGUCGGGCUACCCGCUGGAGUACGGGCCCGAGUUCAACAGCGGGCCCGAGUCCGCCGGCGGCUCCGGGUUCAUCGACCUCGACGAGCACGUGCUGCCCCACAUCGACCCGCUGCUCACGAUCCGGAGCGACCUGCAGUACGACGGCUUCGACGCGACAGCCCUGUCGGCCGACUUCGACGGCGACAAGUGGGAGCCGAUCAUCACCAAGGUGUACCAGGACUACGCCUGCGGCCCGGUGAUGAACACCGACAUAUUU